AUGGCGUCCAUGUCCCCGGUGACGCCCGCGGCGGCCGAGCCCAGGCGCUCCACGCGCCUGCUGUCCAACACCAAGCCGGCCGACGCCGACGCCGACGCCGACGCGGAGGCUGAGGUCGGCGCCGAGCUCGAGGUCGAGCGCGAGCGGUCGACGUCGCGCGGCGGCAAGCGCCGGCGCAAGGCGGCGGGGAAGGGCACCGGCGCCCGGAAGAGGGCGGCCAAGGGCAAGCGGAAGGAGCCGGAGUCGGCGGCGGGGGCGAUGGAGGUGGAGGAUGCCGGCAGCGGGAUCAACGGCGACGUGUACCCGGAGGAGCCCGACUCGGAGGAGAUGAAGUUGAUCGAGGAGGAGGAGCAGGCCGACCAUGGAGAGGAGGGGUCCGCGGAGACGCGUGGCGCCAGGAAGAGGGUGGCCCCGCCGCGCGCCCAGAGGAGGCCGGAAGCCUCGGCGGACCACUUCGUGGGCGAGCCCAUUCCGGGUGACAAGGCCAGGCGACUCUGGCCGAGCCGCUACGAAACCAAGGAUUCUGAUUCACGCUCUAGGCGAUCUAAUGAUACGGAGGAGGAAAUUGGCGCUCAAUGCCACUACACAUCUGCAUGUGUGGAUGAUGCAAUCUUCAACCUCAAUGAUGAUGUCUAUGUGAAGGCUGGUCCCAAUGAGGAAAAUUACAUUGGCCGGAUUACAGAGUUUUUUGAAGGAACAGAUCAUGUUUUAUAUUUCACAUGCCGUUGGUUUUUCCGUGCUGAAGAUACGGUCAUCUCACCCAACUUGCUAGAGGUCCAUGAUCAUGAACAUGAUCGGAAGCGUGUUUUCCUUUCAGAGGAAAAGAAUGAUAACAUGAUUGAGUCAAUAAUUUCUAAACUAAAUAUCAUUUAUGUUGACCCAAGUAAGACACCUCAAGAAAGAGAUCAGUUAAUAUCAAAUUCUGAUUUGUAUUAUGACAUGUCGUACUCAGUUGCAUAUUCAACAUUUGCAAAUAUUCCAGCAGAAAACGAUGGUGCAACAGACAGUGAAGUGGCAUCAGAUAUUUCCUGUGAAGAGGGGAAACCAGUGGCUGACCCUGUGGGAUCAUCUGAUGCACGAAGGGAAACAGCAACUCUGCUGGAUCUUUACUCUGGAUGUGGUGCCAUGUCAACCGGGCUUUGCCUGGGUGCUGCAUUGUCCGGCAUCAAACUAAAUACUAAAUGGGCUGUAGACAUGAAUGAAUAUGCUUGCAACAGUCUAAAGCAUAACCAUCCUGGCACCCAGGUACGAAAUGAGAAGGCGGAAGAUUUUCUUGCGCUCCUCCAGCACUGGAAUGCACUCUGUCAGAAGUAUGUCGUCCACAGUAGCAACUCUUCUGGCUCUGACCUGGCUCAGAUGUCAAAUGAUGACGAAGAUGAUGAAAAUGAAGCUCUACCAAAUGAUCUAUUUGAGGUAGAGAGACUUCUUGAUAUAUGCUAUGGCGAUCCCAAUAAAACCGGAAAAGAUGGCCUGUGGUUCAAGGUGCGGUGGAAAACAUAUGAUCCUAGUCAUGACUCAUGGGAGCCAAUUGAUGGACUUAGCGAUUCCCCUGAGUGUAUUAAGGAAUUUGUUCAGAGAGGAUAUAGGGAAUCUAUUUUGCCCUUGCCUGGGUCUGUUGAUGUUAUCUGUGGGGGUCCUCCCUGUCAAGGCAUCAGUGGAUUGAACAGAUUCAGGAAUUACAAUGAGCCGCUGGAAGAUGAUAGAAACAAACAGUUGGUUGUCUUUAUGGAUGUUGUUAACUAUCUGCGACCUAAAUAUGUUCUGAUGGAAAACGUCGUAGACAUUCUAAAAUUUGCAGAUGGAUUCCUGGGGCGAUAUGCGCUUAGUCGUCUUGUCUCCAUGAGAUACCAAGCUAGGCUUGGAUUGAUGGUUGCAGGAUGUUAUGGGUUACCUCAAUUUAGGAUGCGGGCCUUUCUGUGGGGAGCUCUUCCUUCUCGGGUUCUCCCAAAAUUCCCGCUUCCGACCCAUGAUGUUGUUAAGCGAGGAGUCGUACCCAAUGCAUUUUCGCAAUGUCUCGUUGCAUACGAUGAAAUAGACGACAAACGUUUAAAGAAAGCUCUUGUCCUUCAAGAUGCACUAUCUGAUUUACCAAAGGUUCCAAACUAUCAACCUAAUGAUCUCAUGGAAAAUCGCAUUAACCCCAAAACAGAGUUCCAGCGCUACAUCCGGCUCAGCCGUAAAGACAUGGAGGAUUACUCAUUUGGAGAUGCUACUCCUAGUCCUAAGGCAUGUCAACUGUUUGAUCAUCAACCGCUAGAGUUAAGCACUGAUGAUUAUCAAAGAGUGAAGCAAAUUCCUUUUAGAAAGGGGGCCAACUUCCGUGAUUUGAAGGGUGUCCAGGUUGGGGAAAAUAACACUGUUGAGUUUAAUCCACACAUUCCUCGUGUGUUUCUGCCUUCUGGAAAACCUUUGGUGCCUUACUAUGCCAUGACCUACAUCAAGGGGAAAUCACCGAAACCAUUCGGACGCCUGUGGUGGGAUGAAACUGUUCCAACCGUUGUCACCAGAGCCGAGCCUCACAACCAAAUUAUCUUGCAUCCCAACCAGCAUCGAGUUCUGACUGUCCGUGAAAAUGCACGGUUACAAGGCUUUCCAGACUAUUACAGGCUCUUUGGCCCUAUAAAACAGAAAUAUAUUCAGGUUGGCAAUGCGGUUGCUGUUCCCGUUGCUCGAGCUCUGGGAUAUUCCCUUGGACAGGCUUAUCGUGGUGCAUUGGUUGGAGGGCAGCCACUGUUCGAACUGCCUGAGAAUUUUGCUUCUGUGGGUCAAGCAGCAGCCACAGCAUCACCUGUAGGAGUAGUGGAGAAGUAG